AUGUGUGGAGUUUGCAGAAGCUCAAAGAUUCAUACAUCAACUCGGGCUGAGCGAUAUAGAAAGCAAAACUUAGCUGGAAAGGCCAAAGUUAUCUUUGAGGUCUUAUGUGCUCAGCAGCUCACGAUUGGCGACUUUUUGAUGAUUCUCUGUGACCAGAAUGAAUUGCUCAAGAAGGAAAUGAGCUCAUCCAUGAAGGUUGAAAUAGCAUGCUUCCUACAUGGCCAGAAAAAGUCAAAUCAGCCAUUGGAUUUUGUGCGUGCAAUUACUGAGCACCCGAUGGCACGUUACGGACGAAAGCAGGAGCCGGUGCACCAAAUCCCUUCAUAUGGAAUCCCAACAAAGUUACCUGCAACCUUGUUCCGAUCUGAGCAAGAUAGGGCCCAACAUUUGGAUGCUGGUGUCAGGGAGUCCCAAAGAGAGUGUAUGGACAGCUCAUAUGAAGCACUCCAGAAGUUCUUUGUUGAAAAGGUUGUCGAGCAGGUUCAGUGGGAGACCGAGCUACUACAGAAGGACCCAUCACUGCGUAGUCUUGACAAUGAAAAGCAAGGCUUCUCAUGGGAAAGUGUCAACGAGUUUUGUCUCGAGGACAUGCAGCAAGUAAUUAUGGAGAAAGCUCCCGUCAUCUGGACAAUAUUGACAGCGAUAGCUAUCGGUGAUGAAAGAGCAACAUUGCUCCGGGUCACACAAUGA